AACUUGACGUGGUGUUGGAGGAGUAUUAAAGCUGCAGCCUGUAGCCUCACUCAGACAUAAACAGCUGCGGGCUCCAGGAGGAGGUACCAUCAGUGACAUCAUGGCGCCAGACAAAACGUCCCCCCGCCGGAUGACAGUGACGGAGGUGGAGGUGUUUCUGCGGGACCCCCCAGCUGGUUUCACCGUGGAGGAGGCCCCAGGUUCGGGUUACCGAGUCCGCAGCGACCCGGAGAGGGUCCUGGUGCUCAUCGAUGACUUCCAGUGCUGCAGAGGGAAAAUAGUUUUCCAGAACUCGCCAGGAAGGAAAGUUAAGCUGCACGAUCUGUGGGAGUACACCAGCAUGAGAAAGAGCCUCCUGUCCAAGAGGAUCUAUCUGCUGACGUCUGCCUGCCAGGAACCCUUCUCAGCCGGCCACAACAAGGCAGCGAAUGAAGUGAGAGUGCUGCAGCAGUACGUGGUGUCCAUCGACGGCAGCGACCCUCUGAUCAAGUGGCAGCUGGAGCGAGGCCUGGACUGGACCAUCUCUUCUGUCGCUGGAGAAAGCUACAGGGUGGAUAUCGACUUGGCCGAAACGCUUGAAAACUGGGCGGCAAAAAACAUCCACAUGGAAAGUGACAAACUACUGAGAGUGGAGCCCGUGUGGAGAGACGCCUCCUUCACCCUCAAGUACUACUCGGACGCCCUCUUUGAUUUCCCUCACUGGUUUGGCUUCAGCAAGAGGAACUUUAAGGUAAUUGACUCGUAUUCUUCUCAUUUCAUAUUUAAUCUAUUUCUGGAUUCGUCAGCAUGCUCAGGCUUCUCUAACCUUUCAACUCUGCUCGUAUCUCUGCAGUUGAGACUGACAUGAUCCAGCAGCGGAGGAAGAUCUGGGAUAAAUCGAGAGUCUGUUCGGUGGCGUUUCUAGAUCGACAGACGAUUGGUUCUAAUACCGAACUUCCCAUUGAAGGCCCAGUUCUACCUCGUUGGACGCAUGGGUCCAAAUGUUUCUUGUGCUCAGUGGAUUGAAACUACAGAUGGGGACUGGCAAGGAAUUUUCUGAAUGACAUGAAGAUUAUAUAUGGAAAUUGUACGUUUAAAUAGAUUUGUUUGAAAGAUUUUUUUAUCAGUAAACACAUUUACAUCCUGAUUCGCACACGUUUGUAUUGUAAUGUAGAAGUUUCAGAGGAGUUUUCUAUUUUUGACCAAACUCAAAUACAAUAAAUGCUUUUACAAAACAAA